GUAAUAAUAAAGGUGAUACUUAUAAACAUUCUGAAAAGCUUAUGUCUUUUGAAAUUUCAAAAGAAUCUAUAUCUUUUGAACUUUCUGAAAAAUCUACAUCUUACUCAAAUUAUGAAACUAGUGAUAAUAUAUCUAUCAGUUCUAAUAGCACAACUCUUUUUAAUAAG